CAUGCUCCAUAAAUUCAGAAGAAAAGCAAUUUCAUCAACACAUUUUCCACUAGUCUUGCGUAGUUCUACCAUGGAUAACCAAUUCAAGUUGCUGCCAUUGUCCUUCACCUUCCUUGUUCUCAUUAUCACAGUGUUUAAGCUAUGGAUGAGAUCCAAAAUAAAGGAAUCCCCCAAAAAUCUACCUCCUUCCCCAUGGAAACUACCUCUUAUAGGGCACUUGCACCACUUAAUCUUCUCUCUUCCCCAUCACCGCUUGAGGGAAUUAGCCAAAAGGCACGGUCCCGUGAUGCACCUUCAACUCGGUGAAUUAUCACACGUUGUUGUUUCUUCUCCGGAGGCUGCGAAACAAGUGCUGAACACACAUGAUAUCAAUUUCGCUAACAGGCCCUUUCUCCUUGUUGCAGAAAUCAUAUGGUAUAAUGGUUCAGAUAUUGCUUUUGCAUCAUAUGGAGACUCCUGGAGGCAGCUUCGAAAAGUUUGCACAUUGGAGCUGUUAAGUACGAAACGUGUACAGUCGUUCCGAUCAAUCAGAGAAGAGCAGAUAUCAAGCUUGAUUAGAUCAAUCAUUUCCAAUGCCGGAUCGGAAAUCAACAUUGGAGAAAUGUUAUUGAACUUGUCAUACAACAUCACUUUAAGGUCUGCUUUUUCCGGAAGAUGCAAGCAGCAUGAAACUUUUAUUUCAACUCUAAGGAAAGUUUUGGAAGCUUUACAUGGUUUUAGUAUUGCUGAUCUGUUUCCUUCCAUCAAAUUGCUUCCCGUGAUUAGUGGGAUGAGAGCCAAACUUAAGAGGCUUCACCAUGAGUUAGACACGAUGCUUGAAAGCAUCAUUGAAGAACAUAGAGCAAGCGAUGCAAAUCCGAAGAACAGCGAUGAUGUGACAGAUGAUCUAGUUGAUGUUCUUUUGAAUCUUCAAGAUCAUGGAGGCCUUGAAUUUCCGUUGACAACCGACAACAUCAAAGCUGUUCUCCUGGACAUGCUCAUGGCUGGAACCGAGACAUCUUCAACUACAGUAGAAUGGGCAAUGUCGGAAAUGAUAAAAAAUCCUAGAAUCAUGGAAAAAGCACAAGCCGAGGUGAGACAAGUCUAUGAAAGAACAGGGAAUGUGAAUGAAUCAAACCUUCAUGAAUUGAAGUACUUGAAGUUAGUUAUCAAGGAAACUCUAAGACUACACCCUCCUGUACCUUUGCUACUUCCAAGAGAAAGUAUGGAAAGAUGUGAAAUUAAUGGAUAUGAGAUACCAGCCAAGACUAAAGUGAUUGUGAAUGCAUGGGCAAUUGGAAGAGAUUCCAACUACCGGGAUGAAGCCGAGAGGUUUAAUCCAGAGAGAUUUAUUGAUAGUUCGGUCGACUAUAAAGGCACUAACUUUGAGUUUAUCCCGUUUGGUGUUGGAAGGAGGAAGUGCCCUGGCAUCACAUAUAGUUUGGUUGUUGUUGAGUUUUCCCUUGCAAAAUUGCUUUACCAUUUUGAUUGGAAACUCCUUAAUGGAAUAAAAAAUGAGGAUCUGGACAUGUCUGAGGCCUUAGGCGUUACUGUUAGAAGAAAAAGAUAUUUGUGCCUGGUUCCCAUUCCUUACAAUGCACCAGCAUCUAUUCAAUAGUUAGAAUAUAUAU